GUUUGCAGUACUCCUUCGUCGCCAGUGUGUGUGAUCACGGCGGUGAUGAUUUUCGCCGCCGUUUAUCUGUUCGGGAUCGAUGGCGCUGCGGUUUUCCACCUUGAGAGGAAUUUGCCUUUCUCGUCGAACUCGACUUCCAUGGAGCAGCUCACAGCUCGGGACCAAGCCAGGCAUGCGAGGAUCUUGCGAGGGUCCACCGCCGCCGAUGGAGUUGUCCACUUCCCCGUUUACGGUUCAGCGGAUGCCAAUCUGUUCGGACUGUAUUACACAAAAAUAAAGCUGGGGUCGCCACCAAGGGAAUUCAAUGUGCUGAUCGACACUGGGAGUGAUUUCUUGUGGGUGAUGUCCAACACUUGCGGCAAUUGUCCACGCUCCAGCAAUCUAAUCCAGCCUACGUUUUUUGAUGCCACUGCAUCCUCAACCGCACGGGUCAACCGCACAAGGCUUACAAUCCCCAUGCGGUUGAGGAUGCAGUGGCAUCAUAAAACGUAG